CUCGCAGUGGGCAGCGAGACUACGAGGCCUUACGGCAAAGUGCAACUUUCUCAACGUGGAAGAGGCGCUCCGUGACAAGUUUAUCAUGGGGUUGCAGCCAGGACGUGAAAAAGAGAAGCUGUACACGAAGGACCUCACCGAUCUCACCUUGGCCAAGGUCGUGGAGAUGGCAGAGAACCUGAGCUGCGCGCGCGCUGCCGCCGUGGCCAGCGCAGGCGCCGCGGCUAGCGCAGUCGCGCCGUCUACGCCGGACCAGCUUUUCAAGAUUGCAAAUGUUGGAAAAAGUGGUAGUGUAGCGAAAGUGAAAUGUGGCGUGUGUGGUUAUACGAAUCACAAAUCGGCAGACUGUAGGUUCGCAAAUUAUGUGUGUAAAAAGUGUCACGUAAAAGGCCACUUGCGUAAAAUGUGCACUAAAGUGAAUUACGUACAGGUGGAUGGCGGUGACGAGGGUGAGGAUGACGAUGACGUGUAUGCAAACUAAACAACAAGGGAAAAAUAAAGAAAAGAAU